AUGGAUCCGAUUACUGCAUUACAGUGGAUCUUUCGGCUUUCAGAAGCAAUUGAUCCUAUCCCAACUCAAACCCUGAUCUCAUCGGUCCGUCUCCUUGUUGAGCAGGUGUCAAGGAUCUUCAAAAUUCAACCUAAGCCAAGUCAAGCAGGCCCUAGUUCAUUGAACCCCUGUCGGAGCGCUGGUCCGCUAUUGCGUACAGCUUCGCUUGUGAUUUUGUUUUUUGCUUCUUCCGCUGUCAAUUAUGCAGCUACCCUCGGCAAUGAAACUCCAAGAGAAAGACUCCACGCAAAAGUAACCCUGGAUAAAUCACAGUUUGACGGUUAA